AUGAGAACCCAACGCCCUCACCAUCUCUUUCUAUUAUCCAUCAUCUUCUUUGCAUUUACAUUCUCAUAUCUCCAAUCAGCAAUCGCCACCGGAGAACAACCUCCGACCACCGGCAAUGACGGCGACACCGAAUUCAUCCGUUCAAGCUGCAACACAACACUCUACCCAGACAUAUGCUACACUUCCCUCUCUCGUUACGCCAAUGCAGUUCAACAGAAUCCAGGCCAACUCGCUCGUAUCGCCAUCGCCGUAAGCUUCUCCAAAGUCCACCGCACCGCCUCCUACCUCUACAACCUCACUCGCGUCGCCGAUUACGGCGGAAACUCUCGCGCCUCCCUCGCUCUCCACGACUGCUUCUCCAACCUCAACGACGCGGUGGAUGAAAUCCGCGGCUCGAUUAAACAGAUGCGCCAGAUAGGAUCCGCCGGAGCCAGCGCCGAUUCGUUUCUUUUUCAGAUGAGUAACGUCCAGACGUGGAUGAGCGCGGCGCUUACCGAUGAAGAAACGUGUACUGACGGAUUUCAAGAUGUGGAGAAUUGUCCGAUGAAAACGGACGUUAACGAUCGUGUGACGAAGGUGAAGAAGUUCACGAGCAAUGCUUUGGCGUUGGUUAACGGUUACGCCAGUAAAGGAAUGCCGUGA